AUUGGCCAAGCCUUGACCAACAGCUUCAUUGCUUUCACCAUUCUCAACUUCCUUGUUGGGGCAGCAACACCUGGUAUCUUUCCUUCAGCAUUUGUCAUUGGUGAGGGCCAAGUUUAAUGUUUGUGGUAAAUUGUUUCAGAUUUUUUGCACAAUGAUAAUGAAAAUUUAAAUAUUCAAAGAAAUAAUUGCGUAUGUUCAAUGUUUAAAGUUAUAAUGUUCGCAUUAAACAACUGAUGGCUUCAUUGAGAACAUAAUGAAAUUAAUUAAAACUUCAACCAUUUCAAAUAAAAAUACAUCUUUGAUUAUGUAGGUGCAGUGUAAUUUAUCAAUAUUUAAAAUCUGGUAUAUUUAACAGGAAGGCAUCUACAUUUCUGGGAAUUAUCCUUUUUACAAAUAUUAUUUCCUUUAUACUCUUUAUAUAUAUUUCCUUUAUAAUAUAAAAACUCUUUGCUAAUCUUAUGUUAAAAUAUUAAGACUGUCCUAAAUAUAUUUUUAAAAAAUCAGAAUAAUUGUAUUAAAAAAAAAAAAAAAAAAAAAAAAAAAAAAAAAAAAAAACCCCCCACAAACAAAAAAAAAAACAAAAAAAAAAAAACCCCCCCCCCCAAAAAAAAACAGGAAUUGAAAUAGUUGGUCCUUCUAAAAGAACCUACACUGGCAUGAUCAUACAGCUGUUCUUCUCAACUGGUGUGGUCAGCUUAGCUGGACUGGGUUACCUCAUCAGGGAUUGGCAGUAUUUAUUGAUAGCCAUCACAGCCCCACUGGCCAUCUUUUACCUUUUUUGGUGGUAAGUUUUUUAAGCUUCUAAUUUAACAAGCCAACAUCAUCAUACGUAUGUUUGAGUACCACACCACUGCCAUGAGUGUAAGCCACACCACUGCCUUGAGUGUAUGCCACACUAUUAGCUUCAGUUUAUGCCACUCAGUUGAUUGUAGCUACUAUUUAAAAUAUCAAAUCCUUGUCAUAUGAAAUUAUAAAAUAGAGCUAGAAAUGUUAAAUAAUCUAAUAAAGUUCUUUCCUAAAAUUUUUAAAUUUGGCGGACCGGUGGUCACAUGACAUUGCAUCAGGGACGGGUGCCAGAUUUCUUAGUUACAUUUUCUUUUUUUUAGAACAUAUUCAUGUUGUGCGGACGGCUCGGGGGCUGGCACCAGUCCAUUUGAGAAACCCUGAUCUAAUAGAGUUUAAAAAGCUUUACAUGAUCACAUUCAUAUGCUAAAAUACCUUAAAAGUUUUUUUUUUUUUUCCGCUGAUCUUUCCAUGCAAUAUUCACAUGUUAUAUGACUUCAAUUCUGUAUCCCCCCUUUUUUUUAUUGCCCCAGUUUUAUUCCUGAGUCGCCAAGAUGGCAGAUGCAAAGAGGUCACUUUUCCAAGGCACGUCAGACUGUCGUUCAUGCUGCAAAAGUUAACAAAAAAGAGAUUCCGGCCUGGGUUCUAGAUGAGCUGAUGCCUAGCAAGAAGAUGAAAGAAGAAAAGACAUUGAUGAAUGGGGAGGAUAAAUCAGAUCAAGAGGCAAAGAAAGAUGGAUUAAACCAGAAAGGCAGUCUCAUUGAUCUGUUCAAGAGUCGUGUGCUGUUUAUAAGGACAGCAAUAAUAUUUUUCAACUGGUCAGUCACUUAAUAAAUAAUAAAAAAUUGCAGUCAAUUGUUUAUGCAUAUUUAAUUUUAAAAAUUGAUAAUUAAAUCAAAUAUCUUGCAGAAGUCUGCAAAUUAAUUUAAUUAGUUUGUUAAUAAAAGCCUGCACAUUAAUUUUAAGGAAAUUGCCAUUUGGUUUAAAGUGCCUGAAUUGUAAUAUAUAUACUAAUUUCAUGGCUAUGUCUGAUAAAUUAUGAUAUAAUUUUUUUUGUACAUAAGCAUAUUUAUGCUUAUAAAAAUGAUAACUACAUUCUACAAAUGCUGUAAGGUCUCUAUAAAUGAUCUCAAAAUUAAAAAUUUUUUGUAUGUAAAAAUUUAAAGAGAUAAAAAUCUACUUAUUCAAUUAAUAUUCCAGUGAUGGGCGCCCGCAGAAAACUUUCUAGGGGUGGGCAAAAAAAAUAGAUUAACUUUCUAGGGGGGGGGGGGGCAAAAAAUGUAAAAAAAUGUUUUAAUGUAGUUUUAAUUUACUGUAGUGUAUUUGUAUGGUGAACGAACGGACAAAAAAAUUUGUAUCCAAUCAAUCCAGGGGGGGGGCCCCUUGCCCCCCCUGCGGGUGCCCAUGAUUCCAGUAACUUCCCUUUAAAAUUAUACUCCUCAUGAGAAAUUAACACAUCACUUUUUCCACAGCCCUGCACUUCAGGACUAACACUUACGAUGUAAAAAAAACAACAACACCAGACAUCAACACCCUAUAUAAAUAUAUAUAUAAAAACAAAGAAAUAACAUUUGCCCAUAUGGCUACUGGAUCUGAAUGAUGAUGAUACACCACAUGAAAAAUUUCAUUUUUACCAUCCACUGAAGAUUUAAAAAAAAAAUUUUUUUUAUCUUGCCACUCUUUGAAUAGAGUUAUUUGUCUAAAUAUAGCGGACAUUCCUACAGAAGGAGAAUGCAUUUCAUAUAUAUAUAUAUAUAUUAUAAAAUAUAUUUCUUUUUUGUAUAAAUCAUCUGACACUUGUGUAUCCCCAGGCUUAUAAUUAGCAUGACUUUCUAUGGACUGAAUUUUAACACGGGGAACCUUGUUGCUGGCUCCAUUUUUCUCAACUUCUUCCUGGCCGGCCUGGUGGAAUUUCCUGCUCACUUGCUCACAUUGUUUACUGUGGACAGGUAAAUCUUUGUUUGAAUAGAAGAAAAAAAUAACCUUUUCAAUCCAAGACUGUAAGGUAAAAGGUUGAACUUACGGCAUAAAUUCCCUCAGAAAAUAUAAAUAUCAUUUUCUAAAGUUUUGCUUCUUCUAAUGUUUAAAAUGACAAAUUCUGAUUUGAAAAAAAAAAAAGUGACAAUACUGUUAUAUUUUUUAUAUAUUUUACUCUCAUUUAAUUCUUUCCUGUUGAACGACCUUAAGCUGACCCAAAUUUCGCCCGCGUUAGUCUUGGGCGUGGCUUAUUCCCUUUGAUCUUCUUUACAACAAACCAAGCUAUCGCCUGUUUUUCUUGACUCUAAUUUGGUAGAAAACUGGAGAAUAUUUGAGUCACUAAUAGAAUGUGUAAUACGGCUGGAGUUUUCUAUGGGGAAUAGACUAUAAAUACGGCGAAUGGUUGAAUGACACAGCAUACUGCAAUGCGAGAGGUGCAGAUAGUGUGAGAGAGUUAUUUUGGAACGUGUGAUUGCUUUGUUUACAGUAGCUAUACCUUUCAUUAUCUGUACCUUUUUGCACACUGUGUUUUUAUUUCGACACUGUACUGGUACCAGCCACACCAUAUACCGUAAGUUAAUAGUUUUCAAUUAUAUUUCUUUUUUUACUUUUUUACCUUAUUAUUAACGUAAUAAAACUUAUUAAUAGUGAUUAGCCCUGUUCUGAGUAUCAUAUUUCUCUGUUAUUGUGUUUAUCUUUUGGUAUCGUCUUUUUUUUAAUGCACUGUUUUGGAACGAGCCAUACAUGUAAAUAGGAGAUUAAUUUCUCCCUACGGAUAGCAGUGCGUAACAAACACACAAUCAGCAUUAUCACUUAUUUAAGUUGACCACUCUCUAUUUCUUGUUUUUUUUCUUCAUUUGUCCUGUCUGCUGAGGAAGGCUCUUAGCUGAAAUGUUCUUCUUUUAUUGUCCUGUCUUUCUAUUUCAAGCUUCCACAUAACUUGUUCUACUAUUUUCUUCACUCAGCUUGAACGCAGUCCUUCAUUUAUUAACUGGAUAAAACGUUUAGCCAUUGAUAAAAUUUUUGGCAUUGGUUAGUCAUUCACCUAGAAGACUUUAAUUUUAAUGGCAGUUGUUCCAUUUGUUUACGGGACACAUAAACUGUGUUUACAGUUCCCUGUGAAGGGUGUUACAGAUUGAAUAGUUAAAAGUAAAACAAAAAAAACGUUAAAAAGUAAUUGAAACAGAAUUUGUUAAAAACAUUAUCCAUACUUAAAAUAGGAACCAAAUUUACUUUUGGACACAAAUUAUCCAUACUUAAAAUAGGAACCAAAUUUACUUUUGGACACUUAUUAUCCAUACUUAAAACAUGAACCAAAUUUAUUUUUGGACACAUAUUAAUAUUAUCCAUUACUUCAAAUAUGAACCAAAUUUAUUUUGAAGACAUAUUAUUCAUACUUAAAAUAUGAACCAAAAUUUAUUUUGGACAGUAGUGAAAUAACAUCAAGAAAAACUGGCCCAUUAAGUCAAAGACAUUCUAUGAAAGCAUUGUUAACCUUGGCUCUGCAAUACAGAUUUGUUUUCCUUUCUUUCUACAAUUUCAUUAGCAAGCUUUUUUCUUUUUUUUCUUUUUUUUUUUUUUUUGUCUCGCCUUACACAGCCCAAAUUUUGAGUUAUUUUGAUUGUUAAAAUAUAUAUUCUCUCCUACUUACACGGGAUGCUCAUCAAAACACAGCCCAAAUGUUGAGAUAUUUUGAUUGUUAAAAUAUAUAUUCUCUCCUACUUACACGGGAUGCUCAUCAAACAUGUUAGCGUGUCUCUCCUUUCAUUGGUAAUUUUAGUAAAUGAAAAAAAAAAGUAUCUUUUUGAAACGCCUUAAAAAAAAAAAGUUGAACAUUUUCAAAACAGAUUAGGCCGAAAGAAGGUCCAUUUUGGUAUGAUGAUGACCAGUGGUGUAGCAUGUCUCAGCUGUGUGAUCUCCAUCAUUUAUGCUGCUCAGGGUAAGGCUGGGAAAUUUAUAUGCUGUUCAUUUUAUUCCUUUGUAAUGUAAUUAAUCAAUUUGAUUUUUGAUUCAACUCCUGAAAAGUAACUUAAAUUAAACUGGAUUAUUUAAUCCUGAGAUGCUAUUUCUCCAGUCACUUUUUUAGUAGUCCCACAAUAAUAUCCUCUUUAUUGGAUGCUGUGGUCUCUCCACUAUUUUAAAGUUUCUCUGUUGUUGCAUCUUGUACCGAGGCCAAAAUGGGAAAAUAUUGAUCCUUUGAUUUCAUACAGACCUCCAGUGGUUGACUGUAACGUUGGCCAUGCUAGGAAAAUUUGGGGCCGCUGGAGCUUUUGGGACAAUUUACAUGUACUCAUCUGAGAUAUUCCCAACUGUUAUACGUAAUUCAGCAUUAGGAGCCAGCUCAAGUUGGGCCAGAGUCGGAGCCAUGUUGGCACCUUAUGUGGCAGCUCAAGUAAGUAAAAAUGACAAGAUUUGAAAUGUUCAUAUUUUUUAACAUGAUGCAACCCAAUACUUAAGUUCAGGCCUUUAGUUUGGACUCUAAUCACUUAGUGUAGGUUUUAUUAUAUAAAUUUUAAAAAUUCAUAUCUUUGGAAAAAACUCCCAAAUGUAAAAUAUUUCCAAGGAAUUUUGUUUGAUUAUUACGCACGUUGUUCAUGAAAACUUUGUGAUAUGGCUUAUUUGACUUUGCUUAGGUCGAGAGCUGUUCGCGUACGUACGCUUUGUUUCUGUAACAAAAAAAUACAUAAAUAACAAUUGAUAAUUUCUAGGGAGCUAAAACAGAUACAAGUCUUGGCAGAGGAUUCCCCUUGCUAGUGUGUGGCUGCUUGAUCCUAAGUGCUGGAGUCCUGUCAUCUUUCCUUCCAGAAACAUUGAACAGGAAGUUGCCAGAGACUUUGGACGAUGCCAAACAUUUUACAAGGUAG